ACACUCGACUAUUUUUAUCAACAACAGUUCAAACGAUCAUAUUCGCUUGCAUUCAAAGUACCAUGUUUGACAAUGAGGGUAGGCCAACGAUCAAAUCUUGGUUCAGCGAUAUGAAUUUGAUUAGGAAAAAAAGAGGAGAUAAAAAAAUAACCGAGUCAUUCUGAAUACGUCGAUUUGUUAUGAACCUUAUGAAGAGCACGUAGUUCAUACAGCCUACAUUGCUUGACUUCUGGGAUUUUGUUAGACUAGUUUGGGGUGUAUAGGCGUUGUGGCUGAAAUUUGCAUGUCUACUGUACAUGUGUGGCUAAAUUAUCAAGCGGAACACCAUGGCAUCAUUUGCAGGGAAAGUCCCCGCUUUAGUGACAACGGAGUGGUUGGCCAAAGCUUUAGAGGCUGGGAAGACCCCAGAUGGAAGAUCGAUCCGUCUCCUUGACGCCACCUGGCUCGGGAUGGCAGAUGAAGGUCGGGACGCUCACGGCAAGCAGCACAUUCCAGGAAGUCUCUACGUCGACCUCAACCAGCUCCGCAACAAGGACACUUCGUAUUACUUCACCAUCCCGACUUCGGAGUUCUUCGCCGAGUUCGUUGGGAAGACGCUCGGCAUCGACAACAACACGCACGUGAUCGUCUACGAGAAUGACCCUUACUAUAGUAUCAUGACGGCGCCUCGGAUCUGGUGGAUGUUCCGAUAUUUCGAUCACGGCGUCGUGUCGGUGCUCGAUGGCGGACUUCAGCAGUGGGUUGCCGAGAAUCGAGCGGUCACCGAUGAGGCGACGCCAGCUCCUCAGCCAGCCAAUUUCAAGGUGACGAGAACGCGUACUGAGAUCUUCAAGAACUUUGAUGAUAUCUUAGAGAACGUGAAGGAAACUAAAUUUCAGUUGAUGGAUAGUCGUCCAGUAGAAUGGUAUGAUGGUACAAUGCCUUCUCCUUAUCCAGGUUUAAAACUCGGGAUCAUGAAGAUGGCAGUCAACAUCCCCUUUCCAAACAUCCUCACAGAGGGAUCCUCCAAGUUCAAGAAGCCAGAUGACAUCAAGGCACUCUUCCAUUCAAAGGGCAUUGACCUAUCCCGACCUUUGACCUCGACCUGUUUCGUUGGUGUCACCGCUUGCAUCCUGGCCCUGAGCGCCUUCUUGGUCGGGAAGGAGGACGUGGCGGUAUUCGAUGGGUCUUGGGAUGAAUAUUCUCAGAGAGGUCCCGAUGAUUCCAUGACUGUUUAUGAAGUUAAGGUCAACCCGGGGUCAACCUGAAUGAUACUGAGGACACUUUCCCGCCUGUGCCAACAUUCAUUAAACAAUAGAAACGACUUCCCUAUGCUAUUCAUGGAUUUACAAUCGAAUGUUAUUUACGCUUUCUUGCUUUUAAUGGAGAUCUGUAAAUUUAGAUUGUUGUUAUCAACGAUGGGAUUUGAAAUAAUACUACAUUAUAACUAUCUCAGAACCGAAUAUAUAUAAGAGACUAGUCACUCCAGAAGCGGGAUCCAUAUCCCCGAGAGCGCGCCAUAGUUCCCUCUCGAGCGAACAGCAUAUAUUUAUUUUUUAUUUCUUUUAAUUUUCACUCCAGAACGAACCACAAUGCACCCCAAAGAUACAAAACCCACCCCCAAAAUGACCGCCCCGAACCCCUCCAAGAGGAGUGCGACCAUAGGACCAGACCAUCUCCCUCGCAGAGUGUUUGAUUGAUUGAUUGAUUUUAUUCGCCAAGAAUAUCACAAGAGAUUACAAUGAAAUUGAAGAAUAUCUUGACAGCUAGCCCAUGAAAGCCGAAAGGCUCAUUUCCAAUGGGGUCCUAUAGUUAGUAUAAAAGAUUAACAUAUUAUAACAAAACUGGAAUAUAGUAAAAAAAAAUAAUAAUAAUAAAAUGCAUAAAUACAUAUCCAUCAGUCAAAUAAUAUGCAAACAUCUGAAGCAAACAACAAUCCUCCUGAUAUGUGAAACAAGAUUAUAUUUUAACAUACCCUAAUGUAUACAUUAUCUACAAUAGUAGAAACCAACUGUACAAAUUGUGUGAUUUUUAAUGGUAAUAUUGCUCUCGAGUAGCUUCCAGUUUUAGGUGCUUCUUUAAUGCACUCUUAAAUUUAGAAAAUAUUUUAACUGCUUUUACUUUAUUGGGAAGAGCAUUCCAAGAUUGGAUGCCAUUAAAAUAAAAAGUGUUCCCUAUAUGUCGUUCACGUUUUGGUAAUACAAAAUUAAAAUUACUAUUUCGAGUACAGUACCUAUGGAUAUUUGAUACACGGGUGAAAUUAUUUGCUAUAUAAUGAUCUAAUGUAUCCGAUUAGAAUAUUUUAUGCACGUGGUGUAAUACUAAUUGUUGUGAUCUGUGAUCUACAUGAAGUAAUCCUGCCCUUAAUAACUGUAUGCUUGAACUUUCUUAGCCCCAGCAUCCCUAGAAAUAAACUUGUCCCAUUUUCUGAAAUGGUUUGUUA